CAUCUAUAUUCACCUUCACCUUCACCCUCACCCUUCACCAAACCCAUCCCCUCUCUCCCCUUUUUUAUUUGCCAAAUCCCGAAACUCCAUUCACCAACUUAGCUUCAAUUUUAACUCUCUCCUUUUCUUCUUCUUUCUCUCACAAACCAAAUGGGUGGAGAGCGAAAGGUAUUCACUUUGGCUGAGGUCUCUGAGCACAACUCCCCCAAAGAUUGUUGGCUUGUCAUUGACGGCAAGGUAUACGAUGUGACAAAAUUCUUGGACGACCAUCCUGGUGGUGAUGAGGUUUUGUUGUCCGCCACAGGAAAGGAUGCAACUGACGACUUUGAGGAUGUUGGUCACAGUAGCAGUGCAAAAGCUAUGAUGGACGAGUUGUGUGUAGGACACAUCGAUUCAUCAACCAUUCCCACCAAGGUGAAGUACACACCUCCCAAGCAGCCUCACUACAACCAAGACAAGACACAGGAGUUUGUUAUAAAGCUACUCCAGUUCCUAGUUCCUCUGCUAAUAUUGGGCUUGGCUUUUGGCAUUCGUUUCUAUACCAAAUCUGCUUAAAAUAUAAAUUGGAAGACCAAAUUUGAGAGAUCUUUACAAUAAGUUUUUAUCAGUUACGAUUGCACCCCUCAUCACUAGUUAUUUGAAACCGGUUUCCCCAGGGAAUGUGGGAUAUUUGUCUUGUGAGACUGAGAAUAUGUGCUUGUUUUUGUCAUUCCUUUCCCAGUACUUUUUCCCUGUUAAGUUCUCUGCUUGGCUAUUUUUCUCCUUCAUUUGCAAAUGGAAGAUCAUUUGACCAAUGCGACUUUCUGAAUGUAAAUGGAUCUUGUUUAA